AAGCCGCUCUUGGCUCAGGCCCCCGCGCUGGCUGGCACGAUACCUCACACUCCACUACCUUGUGACUCGGCGGUGCGCCGAGACGGGGGGGACCGCGCCUGGCCAUGGCGCCCUCCUCCGUACUCCGCGCCGCGGCCUGCGCGGGCGCGGCGCUCGGCGCCUCCGCGGUGGCGCUGUCGCGGGAGGCGCUGCCCGGGGCGCCCGCGUCCUCCGGGGCCGCGGCGGAGCUGCUGGCGCGCCAGGACGUCUCGAGGCCCAUGCCGGCGGACCUCGAGAGGUGGGCCCACGGGCCCAUCUUCGCGGCGAACAGCACGCUCUACCACGCGACGGUCGAGAGCAACAUGGGCAACUACAACCUGACCAUUGCCGCAUUCGACAGGUACUCGGACGAGGGCGUCUCUGGCGGGCUCCUCGCCGGGACCGGCUGGGAGAAGAACCACAUCGCCGAGCUCUGCAAGGAGUUCCAAAUGUACGGCUCGGUCGGCAAUUUCCUCGACAUCGGCGCAAACAUCGGCACAUUCACCAUCCCGCUCGCGGACUGUCUCAAGUUCUCUGGCGGCAAGGUGGUCGCCGUGGAGGGUAUGCCACUCAUCGCCGACCACCUCGCAGUCGGUAUCCUGGCGAACAACCUCCAGAACGUGGACAUGUACAACUACGCCGUGGGCGCCCCCGACGACCCGAAGAUGGUGACCAUGUCGCUCAACCCCGUCAAUAAGGGCGGCUCCACCGUCAAGGGCAACAAGCCGUUCACGGAGAUGAGCGACGACCAGUUGCAGGAUCUGUUCCACCCGGGCAAGGCGUACGCACCCAAGGUUGUCGUUUUGGAGUUCGACGUGCCGCUCACCACUGGCGACAAAAUCCUCGAGAACAACCCGGCGAUGAAGGCCAUCAGCUUCGCCAAAGUCGAUAUCGAGGGCCACGAGGGCCACUUCCUCAGGGGUGCCCAGCGCUUCUUCUCCGAGUACGCCCCGUGCGUCAUGACCAUCGAGCUGAUCCCAGAGUGGCUGGAGCGUGCCGGCACACCAGUGGAGGAGAUCCUUGACUCGCUGAAGGGCUGGGGGUACAAGGCAGUCUUGCGACAACUGGGGAAGCUACGCUCCUGUCCUUGCCCCCCUCCCUGUGGUGACCCAUCGGCUUUAGGCCCCCCCCUCCAAGAGGAGUGCCGAUGCAUGAUGGGUUUCGCCCAGGGGGGCAAGGAGCAUAAGUUAGCUCCACCGGCGGUCUCUGGUCGGCAAGGGCGUCCCCACCGUCGCCCAGCUGAAGAAAGCAAGCGCCCAGGGCAAGACGAAGACCUUCGAGCAGAAGGACCUCGCCGCGUGCCUGGCGCGCGUGGCGGCCCACGCCAAGGAGGGCGCGGCGCCCAAGCCCGACUACUCGGACCCGGGCGCCCUGAGCGCCAUCCUGGCGAAGGAGGCCCGGGCGAAGGAGCUGGACGCCAUGUUGGUGCGGCAGGUGUCCCACUGAGCGCAGGCCCGAGGAGGUGGAGCCACGGCCAGGGCGCUCGUCGCGAGAGGCCCCGAGGUCCACUGAGUUCACGAGGAGCUCCUGGCGGCGACGGCGGCAGGGUAAGCGCGGGGUGUCAGGAGCUUUUGGAGACUACUGAGCUUGCGUGAAACGUUG